AUGAUUGUUGGUUAUGCUCAAAGUGGCUUGAAAAGGCUUUUCGCCCUUUUUGUAAUAAUGAAAAGGGAUUGUGAAAGAUUGAUCAGGUUCGUAUUUAAAAGUGCUUUGAACACAUGUUCCAAUAUUGCUGCUUUGGAAUUAGGAAAGCAGUUGCAUGGUCAGCUAGUUAAGGUUGGAUUCGAGGCUAGUUGGUUUGUGAGGAAGACACUGCUUGUAAUGUAUUGCAAUUGUGAAAGUGCAGAAGAAGCAUAUCAUGCAUUUAAAGAAAUAUCAAAUAAUGAUGUCGUCUCAAGGAGCAUGAUGAUCGUUAGUUAUGCUAGACAUGGAUUUGGAAAAGAUGCUCUACUCCUAUUUGAGUCAAUGAAGACAAGAAGUAUCAAACCAGAUGACAAAAGUCUGGAUACCUAUGGCAUAAAGGUUACAAAUGUGGGGAUAUUGGAGGGAAAAAGUGCUUAUAGCAGAGAUGGAGCUAGAGAUGAGAAAGAGGAAAUUAAACUACCUAGGAGGUACUCACAUGCUGAUAUGUUAGCAUUUGCUCUUCAAGUUGCUGAAGAGAUUGAUGAUGAACCUAGAACUGUUAAAAAAGCCAUGAUUAGUAAAGAUUCUAGGGAAGGAAACUUGCCAUGCAAGAAAGCUAACCUCCAGGCAAUAGUUACUCUGUCAACUAUGAAAGCAGAUAUGUUGCCAUUACAGGCUGUCAAAGAAGCAAUAUGGCUCAGGGGUGCUUGA